CCGCGGCAAACAUAAGUUGCGACCUUACUAAGAAAGAAAAGCGCGGAAGAAGCGAAACAUCUGUAAUCGUGGAAUGUCGGUAAGCUGAACCUCAUCGGAGCCCUGUAGGAAGGAUACUUGGAGGUUUAAUAGCUGGAACUUGGAUUGAUGAUGUUACUCUUCAAGGAAGAGAGGCUGUGUAGGAACUGCUGGAACCUAAGCUCCAAUGAUUGUUGUCAUCAUGGGGCCAUGCGGUUGCGGGAAAUCGACAAUAGGUAGUGCACUAUCAAGUCGUAUCUUCUGGCCGUUCAUAGAAGGUGAUGAUUACCAUACUGAAAGUAAUCGAAUAAGAAUGUCUCAGGGGACGCCAUUGAAUGAUGAAGACCGUCUACCAUGGCUUCAACGUCUAAAAACUGAGUUUUCACAAUAUAAAAAUGCUGUAGUAGCAUGUAGUGCAUUAAAACAGUCUUAUCGUAAUAUUUUAUCAGAUAAUGACAAUGAAAAUAAUCAGAUAAGAAUACUUUUUGUUUUGCUACAAGCAGAUAAAAAUCUGUUACAACAACGCAUAAACAAUCGUAAAGGUCACUUCAUUGAUCCUACACUUGUUCAAAGUCAGCUGGAAAUACUGGAACCAUUUGGAAAAGAAGAAGAAAACCUAAUCAUAGAUGCCAAUGAAUCUCCUAAUGAUAUCAUUCAACAGAUAAUGAAAAAACUAACUUUAUAA